CAAACAGCUGAUGCAUAUUGCAGCGAAAAAGGCUUUCAAUAGGCAAUUAAAUUUUGUGGUUUGAAAAAAGAAGUACAAAAAAUUUUUUUUAGUUCAUCUUUACUCAACAUUCAAAAAAAAUUUUUUUUUGUGUUUUAAGCCCAAUAUUUCUGCUAUUUCUAUCUGCACAUAUCUAUUUGCUAACUCAUUUCGAAAAAAAUGUACGAUAUCUUUAGUAGAGAUAUGUAUGACACAUUUAUCUGGCAAUAGUACUAGGCGCACCAAGAUGAAAAUCAAUGAAAAGAAUUUGUGUGUGUUCGCGACCAGUCCACCCUUUGACAAAGAGGGCUUUCUCAAUAAACGUGGCGAAGUCAAUAAAUCAUUUCAAAGGCGUUACUUUGUACUCAAGGGAAAUCUACUAUUUUACUUUGAGAAGCAAGGCGACAAAGAACCGUUGGGGUUAAUUAUAGUGGAAGGAUGCACAAUAGAACUGUCAGAAGAAAGCGACCGAUAUUGUUUCGAAAUUGCAUUUAACGGUAAUCGAACAUAUGUAUUAUCCGCUGAUUCUCAAGAAAGUAUGGAAUCCUGGAUGAAAGCAUUAACAUGCGCUGGUUACGAAUACAAAAAAUUGAUGGUAGCUGAAUUACAGCGACAACUAGAAGAGAUAGAGGGUUCAAAGAACAAGGUGCUAACCGACUCACUCAAAGCAAAUGCAGAUGUGUCAAUACCUAAACCUCCACCACGAAGACAAAAUCCCUUUAACCGACCGGCACCACCGCCGCCAAGUGGUAAUUUGGGCACCAAUCCGACAUUUUCCACUAAUGGAAACCAAAUUGUAUCAAAACAACGAACAGCUACCGAUAUUCAGCAAGGCAAAUGUGCUUGUCCAACACCACCGCCAACAGGUUCUUCAUCGUCAUCUAAGGCUAGAGCAAUAGUUACAGAAAAAAGCGAGUUUUAUGUCGAUGAGCAACCCAUGCAACAUAAGCAACAAUCGCUACAAUUUCCAAUUGAUCAUUUGAAUGCAGUUCCUUCAGUACAUCCCAACGACUCCUACGGCACGACCGUCACGCAUAAUCGAAAUAAAUCGACAAGUUUUGAGCAAAUUCACGAAACGUUUCGAAAAGUUGUUAUGAAGGAUGUACUGGCAUACAGAGCUCAACAAGAUCUUAACAGCCGACCUCUUAUUGAAUUGUGAUUUCAAAUAAAUAUGCACAUCUUAUCAAUAAAUUCAAAAAUUAUGUUAUAUAUACCAUUUAAUAUGUUAUUAGUACACUAUCGAAGAAAUGCGUUGUAUAUAUCUUUGC